AUGGAAAAUCAAAGGAACACGAUCUCUUUAUCUUUCGCUAUCACAAGCUGCUGUUCUGUUGCAUUAUAUUUGAUUACAAAAUCUUUAUUGGAUCAAACACAGACAGACAACUUCUCUGUUCUAUCUCAAUUCAUGUUCCGCAAUCUUCAAAUGUCUCAACAACAGUCUCGAGAAAUUACUUACAUUUCUUCAUGUUCUCAAAGAUUCAGUUUCAACACAAACAAUUUUCUCCAUACUCAUGAAAAAUUCAUACAACAAGACAAGGAAAGAAAAAAUAUAAAGCGCGGUAGACUUCCCCACAAAAGUUAUGUGCCAUCUCAUCUUUAUUCUUUAUUGUGGCAUGAUGUUCAUAAAUUUUUUUCCACUACUUAUUCUGUUGUAAUUUUGAUGGAUAAGGCAAUUGAAUUUAUGAGUUUAUGUCAUAAAAGCGGUUAUUGA